AUGAAUAAUAACAGUGCGAAUCACGGAACAGUUGUAGUCGAACAAUCGACAAUAACUACGGCACCAAUUCAUGAGGUAACUGAAGCACCUGCAACAAUACAAGCAACUCCAGUGGAUGGACCACCACCAGCAUAUGAAGUAACUCCGGCAUCAAACAGUAAUCGAAAUGAUACUGAACAAGAUAAUAUUGUUGCAGCAGCUGGAAUUAUUGAACCACCACCACCAUAUUGUCUUGUUGAUCCAACUAAAAUUCAUAAUAUGGAUCAUUUGCCACAUUAUCCACAUCCAACACCUGUAGAAAUCAUUGAUCUUAAUACGAACAGUAAUCAUAGUACUGAACAAUCAUCCCGACAACAUAAUCAAGCAGCUAUUGCUGCUUGGCUUUCAUCUGGUUCAAAUAUGGAUAUUGGUACUGAUUGUACAUUUUUAAUGGCUUUUGUUAUUGCAUUCUUUUUCAAUUGGCUUGGUUUUCUUGCUGUUGUUUGUCUUAUACCAACAAUAGCAGCACGUUUUGGUGCAAUGUCUGGUUUUGGUUUAAGUGUAGCUAAAUGGAUAACAGUUAUGCGUUAUCAUGAAUUUAAUAAUUCAUCAUAUAUUGGAUCAGGUAAUAUGUCAACAACAUAUCAUCGAACAACAGUUCAUGAUCCAGCACAAAACUUUGUCUUUGCUAUUGUUUUAUUUGCUGGUUUUUUUCUAUUUGUUCGUGGUUUAAUAUCAUAUAUAGCAGUUAAAAAUCGUGCAAAUCAACAUGGACAAACUGCAGAUGUUUUUACUUGGUACUAA